AUAAGGCUGUAACGUAACAAAAUGUGGAAAAAGUCAAGGGGUCUGAAUACUUUCCGAAUGCACUGCACUUCUCAGAAGUGUCUGAACAGCUUUCAAUACCACUUACCUCAGCUGACAUGGCAAACAUCAGUUCUGACUCAUUAGAAUUACAUUAGUAAAAUGCACAGAGGUCAUUGACCCCUGGAGUUGUCCACAGAUGCAGAAAUAAAAUAGGCUAUACUGGAGAACAUAGAAGUAACUACUUCCACUGGUUACAGUUUGUACUAGAGAACAUAAGGGUGAAUAACUUUGUGUAGUCUGAGAUGUGAUGUCUGAAAGCCAUAUGGUUCAACUUCUGACAUGUUAUCGUUUUGGGAAAGGUGAGGCAGGGUGUGUCUAUUUGUAUUGCUGUUAAAAUUCCCUCUGCACUCACCUAUGUCUGACAUAUCACAAGAUACCUGCAAUUGUUAGUCAUUAUCAGUAUCAUCUGGGCCUGGGUUUUCCCAAGACUGGGUUUCAUCUACAAUGACAUUAGGUUUCUCUUUCUGGUGUCUGACAUACAGUAUCUGUGUGAAUGAUAGGGGCAAGUCAUUGGGCUACUUUAUUUCAUUGGGUUUAGGCACGUCCUCCGUUCUAAAUCGUAACUCAACAAUAACAAAAUAACUAUUUAUUGCACUCAACUUUCUACAAAUAGCAGCAUACUACGUCAUUAUUAUCCGAGAAUAGAAACCGAAAGGGGCGGGAGACAGAGCGGGAAAACGAAUCUUAAUUUGAGGGGCGGGGCAGAUCAGCCGUUAUAUACCAGGCUCAGCUGUACACUGUGACAGCUGUCUCAAUCUUAAAUCGGUAAAAGUUGUUUUUGUCAACGUACCGAUUUCUCAAAACUAUUUGUUGAAACAGUUUGCAACACUUCACAAUAAGGACAUCUCAACAAUAUCUACUGAAAAGAUAUCUAUCAUGGAACUCACUAUAACACUUUUGAAUGGCGACUCAUAUCCCCUGACGGUUGAGCCACACACCACUCUGGGGUCUCUCAAGAGUCGGAUCAACCAACUCUUAAGAGUGCCCACAGAAAGGCAGAGGCUGUCAGGUGUCAAUGGGAACAACAUCAGUCUCAGCGAUGAUUCAAAAACUUUGAGCGACUAUGGCCUGCAUUCAGGAUCCAAAGUGAUGGUGCUGAUUACAGAACCCACUCAUAUCCAGGUGUUCCUGAAAAACGAAAAGGGCCAGACACACACAUAUGAGGUGGUGCCGGGUGAGACCGUAAUCCAGUUCAAAGACAAGGUCCAAAACAAGGAGGGAGUCCAAGCCAACCAACAGAGGCUGAUUCACGAGGGCAGGCAGCUCGAUGAUGGCAAGAAACUGGAAGACUAUGGCGUCAGAAAUCUAAGCACCAUCCACCUGACGCUCCGUCUAAGGGGAGGCUGAAGACACCCAGUAUCGACCUGAAACGACCAGUCACCUGAAGCGCUUAACUUAUUAUGCAUUCCAUGUCUAUAGAGAAAAAGCAAUCUAGGCGAAAAAUUAUUAGUGUUAUAACAUUUGUAUUCAAUUGUAAACUUUUAAAUUAACUAUGGCUGAUAUUGGCUUAUGUUAAAACAAUGUAAAUGAGAUUGUAAUAAAGUGAUAACCAAGUAUAAAACACA